AUGCGGCCGCCACGUCCUCCCCGACCGACGCCACCUCCCUCCUCCCGCCCCCUCCACCUCCCUGUUGUCAUCUCCAUCCUCUGUUUCGCCGCCAUCCUGACGUCAGGCCCUGCCGCCGCCGCGGUAGCACCAGCAGCAGGGGACACGGGCGGAGCAGCAGGAGGAGAAGGCGGCUUCAUCAGGACCAGGACCGCUGCUGUCGCCAGGUUCGCCAUGGCGUGGCCAUCAAAAUGUAAAUGGUUUCCCUUACCAAACAGUGGGAGGUGUCCCUCGUAUACUCUUGUUUCCAAAUACCACAAGAUUUGGAAGGAAACGGAGAAAUUUGUUUCUGCAAAAGAUGUUCCGAAGAAAGAACCAGUUAGCGAUGUCAUUGCUUUAAAGGAUUCCAUGAAGUAUUUUGAUGCUGAUUUCUUCAAUGAUUCAAAACUACGUGAGAUGGAAGAUGGUGCAAAGGAAUUCAAUGUACCUGCAUUCAGAGAAAAUCGGAAAUUGGUCGCGUCAGAGAAUGGUGGUUUGCAUAACCCUUCUGUUCUACUCUUUAAAUCGUCAUGGAGCAGUGACAGCAUGGCAAGUGAGACUAGAAGUUUCAAGUACCCUCGUGCGCCUUCUGUACAUCGUCCAACUAAUGAUGAAGAUAUUGCAUUUAUGUCGGUAAUCGAGCUCGGAGAGCUUAUUAGGACAAAGCAAAUAACAUCAUGUGAACUUACAGAUAUAUUCCUGAGGAGAUUAAAGAGGUACAAUCCUGUUCUGGAAGCUGUUGUUACAUAUACUGAAGAUUUAGCAUACAAACAAGCCAAGGAAGCAGAUGACUUGCUGGCACAAGGAAAAUAUCUUGGUCCUUUGCAUGGCAUUCCAUAUGGCCUCAAAGAUAUAAUUGCAGUACCACACUACAAGACCACUUGGGGCUCAAGGACGUUUAAGAACCAAGUCAUUGAUAGUGAAGCGUACGUGUACAAAAGAUUGAAGUCGGCUGGAGCAGUCCUUGUAGCGAAGCUUGUCACAGGCUCGCUUGCCUAUGAUGAUAUAUGGUUUGGGGGAAGGACACGAAACCCCUGGAACAUCGAGGAAUUCUCUACUGGCUCGUCGGCAGGUCCAGCGGCUAGCACCUCUGCAGGAAUGGUUCCAUUCGCAAUUGGUUCAGAAACUGCAGGAUCCAUAACAUAUCCAGCUGCUAGAUGCGGAGUAACUGCAUUGCGCCCAACAUUUGGAACAGUUGCACGAACUGAUGUCAUGAGCAUUUCUGAGAGUUUGGACAAGCUGGGACCUUUCUGCAGAAGUGCAGUAGAUUGUGCUAUUGUAUUAGACGCAAUUCGUGGAAAGGAUGCGGGUGAUCCGUCAUCUCGCGAGGUUGCUUUGGGUGAUCCAUUUCAUGUUGACAUCACCAAACUCACUGUUGGCUAUCUUGAUGACGCUGAGAUGGAGGUUGUCCAUGUUCUUUCCUCUAAAGGUGUCAAACUGGUCCCUUUCAAGCUGAACUACACUGUCGAAUCAGUCCAGUCCAUCCUGAACAUAACGAUGGACACUGAUAUGCUUGCGCACUUCGACAACUGGCAGCGGGAAGGACAUGAUGAUGACUAUGAGGCGGAAGACCAGUGGCCAGUAGAGCUUCGUCGUGCGCGGUUAAUCCCAGCAGUGGACUAUAUACAGGCGCAGCGAGCACGGGGCAAGUUGAUCAGAGAAAUCAAAGAUAGUUUCACAGUUGAUGCAUUUGUUGGCAAUGUGACCGACUGGGAGCGCGUCUGUCUCGGGAACCUUGUUGGUAUGCCUGUGGUCGUGGUGCCGACGGGCUUGAAGAGCAUUGAGGACCCACCGAAAGGCGGUACAAAGAGAAGAACCACAGUGACGACAGGCAUAUACGCUCCUCCUGACCACGACCACAUUGCUCUGGCGCUGGCAAUGGCAUACCAGUCCGUCACUAAUCACAACAAACAGCGGCCGCCGAUCGAUGAUCUGGGGCCAAAUGACGGCAUACACAAGUAG